AUGAUGUGUCGUCAGGGUAGUAGACAUUGGGAUCUCGGUAGCCAUUUGGAUAGACCUCCAAGGCCAGCUCAUCUUCCCAAUUCUCUUCGCGCUCUUUAUAAUCAUCCUCAUCUUCGUCUUCGUCAUCGCUAUCAUCGCAAUGCACGGCUGCGUAAUCAAUAUGCUAAAGGAGGGAAGGGGGAAAGAAAUCAGGGGGCCGUUUGGGAGAGAAGAAAAGCAACGCGGAACGCUUACAACUUGGAGACUGCCGGCAGAAUCGAAAAGCUUGUCGCAUGUGAUGCAGUAGUGGUGGCCAGCGGUUUCGAGGUAGUGCUAUGCGGGGUGGUGAAAUGUAUUCUGAUUAAGGAAUCGUUUAUGGCAAAUGUCACAUUGAGGAUGACUUUCUGUGGCCUGGAUGUGCUUACGACGUUCUCCGUGGUUGUAGAAAUACUCGUCACAAGACGCGCAAUAGGAGAUGGAUUCGUAGUAAACCUCGUCUGA